AUGUGUUUCCAAACAAGCAAGCUGGAGCGCUGCCUAGCUGAAGACAUCCUAAACUCGGUAAAGAGAGUGAGGGAGAAGCGCAGCUCAUCUGACGUGAGCUCUGCUCUGCAACGUCGGUGGAUAGUACUCCAGCUGCUGAUGCAGGUGUGGCUAGCAGCCAGCCCAGCUCAAACAGAGCGCCCAUGCCCAAAGAGCUGUCGCUGUGAUGGGAAAAUUGUUUAUUGUGAAUCAAGUGCAUUUCGUGAUGUCCCCAAGAACCUCUCAGGAGGUUGUGAAGGCCUGUCGUUAAGAUACAACAGCCUAUUGAAUCUUCGAGCCGGCCAGUUUAUUGGCCUGAACCACCUCAUCUGGCUUUAUUUAGACCACAAUUACAUCACGUCUGUAGAUGGGAUGGCCUUCCAAGGAGUUCGCAGGCUAAAAGAACUGAUCUUGAGCUCCAACAAGAUCACAUCACUUCAUAACACCACAUUCCAUCCUGUGCCCAAUUUGCGUAACCUUGAUUUGUCAUACAACAAACUGGAAGCAUUACAGUCAGGGCAAUUCCAAGGACUACGGAAGCUUCUCAGCCUUCAUAUUCGCUCCAAUUCACUAAAGAUCCUUCCUUUGCGUCUCUUCCAAGAUUGCAGAAAUCUCGAGUUUCUUGACAUGGGUUACAACCGCUUGCGAAGUAUCACUCGGAAUGCACUUUCAGGCCUCGUCAAGCUGACAGAGUUACACCUGGAACAUAACCAAUUCUCAAAGAUAAAUUUUUCACAUUUUCCUCGUCUCUACAAUUUGCGGGCACUUUAUCUCCAGUGGAAUCGAAUUCGCUCAAUGAGCCAGGGUCUAACCUGGAUUUGGGCUUCAAUCCAAAAACUUGAUUUGUCUGGCAAUGAUCUGUCAGAACUCGACGCAGCCAUUUACCAGUAUUUGCCCAACCUCCAAACCCUCAAUCUGGACUCAAACAAGUUAACAAAUGUAUCCCAAGAGGUUGUUGAUGCAUGGGUUUCUGUCACUACAAUCAGUUUGGCUGGAAAUGUUUGGGAUUGCGGGUCAGCCAUUUGUCCUCUGGUCUCAUGGCUGAGAAAAUUUAGGGGUGCAAAGGAAACCAAUAUGAUAUGUGCCUCUCCAAAGAAAGCCCAAGGUGAGAAAGUGAUGGAUGCUGUUGACGCCUUUAGUGUUUGCCAAUUGACCCAAGUGACGAUGCUCACCGCAAGUAUUCCUCCCACUCCUUCCAACGUUUCUAAGCAGCCUGAAAAUCACCCAGCGAUUUUGGCUUCACCCACGCGUUCAGGAAAAAGAGCAGAAGGCUCUAUCAGGGGCCCGACUUCAUCAGCUGUUACCCAGCCAGUGGCUCUUCCCCCAGAUCAAGACCUGCAGCCUGUGUCUUUCCAUAAAAUUGUUGCAGGAAGUGUUGCCCUUUUUCUGUCUGUUGCAAUGAUCCUGUUGGUGAUCUAUGUGUCGUGGAAACGCUAUCCGAGCAGUGUCAAGCAGCUUCAGGAGAAUUCAUCGACAGCCCGUAAGCGACGGAAGAAGUCGAAGGAAACAGAACGCACUUUGAGCUCUCCCCUGCAGGAGUACUAUGUGGACUAUAAACCCAAUCAUUCAGAGGCCAUGGAUGUGCUUGUCAACGGGACGGGAACCUGCACUUACACUAUCUCAGGCUCCCGAGAAUGCGAGGUUCCCCAUCAGAUGGGUGCACUGACCUUCUACCGAUACGAGCAGCCGAUUGUAGACUACUGCCAAGCCCAUCAACCCCUGCGGUUAAACAUGAGCUAUGAGGCUCCCCCUCAAGGUCUCGAGGGGCUGGAAGACCUUGGGCCAUGUGAGAGGGGUACUAUACAGACAGUAGCACUCCCGGCUGUGCCCACCGCUGCCACAAUAGGACCCUCAGUACCAGGACCUCGUUCUCCUCCUCCAGCACUCAGGCCAACGACCGACACUCCCAGUGCCAAUCUUACCAAUGAGCGCACCGGCACACUUAAAUUUGGACGCUAG